AUGCCGACGUUCAUCACAGCGGAUGGGUGCGAGUUGGUGUACGACGACACGGCGGCGCGUGAGCAGAUGCCUGUGAUACUCUUGCUCCACGGAUGGAGCGGCAGCCGUCGGUACUUCUCCCGCAACGUGCCGCUGUUGCAGCCCCACUUUCGCGUGAUAUGCCUUGACCUGCGCUUCCACGGGGACUCACAAAGCACAAGUUACGGAAUGCACAUUGCCCGCCUGGCAGCGGACGUCCAUGAAUUCAUCACAAAAGGGUUGGCGCUGUCCUCCCCCGUUUCCAUUCUCGGAACGUCCAUGGGCUGUGCCGUGAUCUGGAGUUUUGCAGAACUGUUCGGGACGUCGCUGAUUCGACAGGCCAUAUUCGUCGACCAAGUUCCACUGCAGAACCGCCGCGAAGACUGGGCAUUGCACAGCUACGGGUGCUACGACGAAGCGAGUUUGAUGUCGCUCGAAAAGGCACUGGCGACGAAUGUGUCCGACGUCGCUCAGGGCAACUUGGCGAGCUGCCUGGUUCGUCCAAACGACGUCCCUCCCGCCGUGCUGGACCAACUCGCCGCGGAUGUGCUUCGUUGUAGCCCGACUGCACUGGCGACACUGAUGCGAGACCACACCCAGAUCGACUGGCGAUCACUUCUUCCCACCAUCGCCAUCCCAUGCCUCAACCUCGUUGGCGGACCCAUGAACAAGGUGUUUCCUAUGGACGGCGCGUUAGAGGUCGGUCGCUUGCUUCCCAACUGUAUCAACGUCGUGUUUGAAUCGUGCGGCCAUUGGUUAUACGUGGAGCAACCGACCGAGUUCGCCGACAUCGUCACCGCCUUUGUCCUGUCCGGGACCGUGCCGAGCGCCAUUUCUCAACGCAACGGCGCUGUGUACGUUGCAGACUCAAGGAAGAUCAAGUAG